CACCAGAAGCCAGUGGGAAGCCAGUUUGUGCACAGAAUGGCUAACACUGUCUGUGACAUCAUAGAUUCUGCAGGAAGAAGGGAAACCAUGGUUCCUCCUUUGGACUAUAUGAUCAUGGAUACACCAUGCAGCAGUAUGAUAGACACUGUGUAACUACACAAUACAGAGAAACAUCUGUCCAUAUGGCAGUUCUUCUGUAGGAACAUUUGGCUGAGAGCAGAUGGUUUAGAGGUUGUGUAACAUGCUGGAAAGAAGAGGAAUACAUAUACAACCUUGUGGUGCUUCCAGAACAUCAAAAGUACUCUUUAGUACCUAAAGUGCUCAAGAAUAGCACAGGCAAUUACAGCCAAAUAGACACAUGGGAUUACAUCAAGCUGAGAAGCUUCUCCACUGCAGAAGAAACACUCAGCAAAGUGAAGAGGCAACUUAUAGAAUGGGAGAAAAUAUUUGCAGACUAUGAAACUGAUAAAGGAUUAAUAUCCAGAAUCUACACAGAGCUCAAUUAUCUCAACAACAAAGCAAUCCAGUUGAGAAAUAGUCAAAGAACUUGAACAGGCAUUUUUCAAGAGAGGAAAAUCAAAUGGCCAACAGACACAUGAAAAAUAUGCUCAGGAUCACUAGGCAUCAGGGAAAUGCAAAACCACAAUGAGGCCUUACCUCAACUCUGUUAGAAUGGCUCUCAUACAGAAAUCAACAAACAAUGAAACAAUCCCACAUUGAGGUGUGAAAAUGCAAACCAGAAACUGAAUUUGAUGUAAAGAUCCUACAACUUGGAAGUCAGCAGCAGGGAGCACCGAUGGGUGAGCUCUCUGUGAACAGGUUCUGGGUACACUUGCUUUUCUCCUUUUCCUCUUCCAAUGAUAUCAGAAAGUCCUUGGAGACCAGGGUAACAUGGACCUAUGGGCUAAUUAGGAGCUCAGUGCCUUGAGCCCCCACCCACCCAGUCCUACAAGUGCAAAUAAUGAGCCAGUGACUUCAGAACUUGACUUGCCAGACAAAUGUUGUGGCUCUGUACUCAUGUCCAGUCCUUGUGAACAUCUGGGUUUCAGGAGGCCCAGCCCAUCUGUCUUCCUCCCACCCCUGAGUACAGGGCCUGAGGCUUCCCUGCAUACCAGGCGAGAAGUAAGCAGUGGACCGGGCUCAUUUUGCCAUGCUUCAGUGAGUGCUGAGGGAGACAGUGGAAGGAGGUGGGAAUGUCAGCCUUGAUCUCCACAUCUUUGGGAGAAACAGAACAAUUGGAGUAGAUGGAUGGGAAGGAAGCAGUAGGCAAAGUUCCAGCUCAGGGAACUGUGAAGUUUACAUCCUUGGUUCUCAAGGGUCUCAAAUAACUCAUUGAGCAUUUUUCUUUCCUUCCACUGAUUCUUCUCACUAGAAUCUUCUUCCUGAUAGGAGCAAAUGAGUCUCUGAACUCCCGAGCACUCACACAUGAUCAUGAAGGUGAGGAGGAGGAGGAUGUAGUAACCAUAAUGUCACCAACCUUACUGAGGGUGUCCUACGAGCCAGGCUCUGAAUUCUGUGUCCUAUUCAACCUGCUUCUUCUCAUCUAUAUAAUCCCCCACAUUAUGUUGCAGAUACUACUUUUAUGUUACAGAAGUGGAGAGGAGCACAAUUGUGGGGACCCAUGAGCCGGCCAUGGGCCCACAUGCUAAGGCUUAGCUUGCUGACCGUUUGCAAUAGUUACUGCUGUGUGGAUGUUUAUGGUUUCUGUUGAGCUGCGAUAUCGGGACCUUUCCAUAACCCCAGGCUAGAGUCAAAAGAACUAUGGCCUUGGAACUUCCUGCACUCCUUUUCCCACUGACCAAGAGUUGAGAAAACACCAGGUGGAGCAACAAUAAGCUUGCUGCUAGCAUCCGAGUCACCUGCUACGUGACCAGAAGCUUGAUUGGAUGAAGGCGCGUGCUCACCUUUAUGGUUGGACAAGGAGUGCAUGAACUGUGCGUGAUCAGGCACCUGAUUGGAGCGCUGCCGCAUGAACUGUAGCAUGGACUAAGCUUGCAUUACAUGCUUCUGCAAUGAUAUACUAUAUAAGCCAUUCAUGAAAUAGUAACGGGAGCUUCCCCUUUCUUUCGGAGCUCCCCUUGCUCAAGGGUUUCUUUUUCUAUCCUGUUUAAAUAAAGCCUACUGAAGACCGAUAAGCUGUGAGCAACAUCGUUCCUUUGUGGGCAGGGGAGCGACACACAAUGUUUUUGUGUAACUUAUACUAGGCUGUGAGGUAGAAAUGGGUGAAACCAUAACCGAGUCAGGUUGUCUGACUGCAGACAUGAGCAUGCCCAGUCUCCCUCCUGACAACCUAGCCGUUCAUCUCUCUUUCCUGUCACUCCAGGCUGACAAUCUGUUGACCGUGCUCUGCCUUUGGGGUUUCUUGGUAGAUCACAGCAGGCAGCAGUGGGACAAGGUGACUGGGCUCAGAGAGAGAGCAGACAUGGGAUCAGAGUCUGUCUCUCUCUCUCUCUCUCUCUCUCUCUCUCUCUCUCUCCACUCCACUCCAAGAUUUCACUUCAGUCAUCCACUUUCUUCCCAACUCUUGUAAUCACCUCACUGGAUCUCAAAAGAGACUAGACUGGGGUCUUAGUUUCCAUUUCUACUGCAGAAACUGGGAAGAAUUUUAAAGGACCUUGUAGAACCUGUGGUUUGGAUCUCUAGUGCUCUAACCCUCCUUGAUGAUUGGGAGAAAAUGGGGGUCUUUGGUAAACUGGAUCCAGAGACUUUCAAUGUCAUUUGGACUCCUGCCUGCUCACUGAUGAUUUCUGUGAUGGUGGGCAGGCUGUCAGUUCCCUGAGAAUCUGCAUUGUCAUCUGAGCUGAUGCUUCAUUGAUAGAACUGCACUGAUGCCGGCGCCGCAGCUCACUAGGCUAAUCCUCUGCCUUGCGGCACCGGCACACCGGGUUCUAGUCCCAGUCAGGGCACCAGAUUCUGUCCCAGUUGCCCCUCUUCCAGGCCAACUCUCUGCUGUGGCCAGGGAGUGCAGUGGAGGAUGGCCCAAGUACUUGGGCCCUGCAUCCCAUGGGAGACCAGGAUAAGUACCUGGCUCCUGCCAUUGGAUCAGUGCGGUGUGCCAGUCACAGCGUGCCAGCCACGGCAGCUAUUGGAGGGUGAACCAAUGGCAAAGGAAGACCUUUCUCCUGUCUCUCUCUCUCUCUCUCAGUGUCCACUCGGCCUGUCAAUAAAUAAAUAAAAUAAAAUAAAAUAAAAUAACCGCACUGAUAAUAGGUUUUUUUUUAACUGAUAAUAGGUGCCCCCUAUGGGAUCUGUAUGUGAUGAUGAAUCAAAGAAUAAAGAACAAUUUAGAUAUUAUUGAUCACUAUUUUAAAGUUAAUCUUCUUAUAAAAGAAAGUCCUCUAGCCUGAUGUAAUGCUUUCGUAUUUCUGUAAAAGGACCAGUUGGCCUCGUUCUUAGUGAGAGGAAUUCAAAAGAUUCAUGGAAAAACAAGGUAAAAACUUUGAGCUUAUUUUGGUCUAAAUUUUUUGAUAUCCAUACAUGUGUUUUUCACAAUACACCUUUUUCAUAUAUUAUGAAAAAAUUUAUACCAAAAGCUCUUUUGUAUUAAAAUAAACUCAAACUUCCAUUCAUCCAAAGCAUUUUAGAGCAUAACCAUACCCUCACAAACGCAUUUGCUGUGUGUUUGGAGAAGAACAGUCUUUUGUUCCAGAUUCCCCAGAUGCUCAUCUGUUGCUUGGCACAGAGGAGGCAUAAAAAAAAAGGUAAAUAAUGAAUAGACCUUUUCUUGGCUCACAAUAGCUGGCCAUACUUAGUAACACAGGUCCUAUAUCUCAUUAGUAGCACCUGCAGCAUUACUAUUGUUUAUAGUUAUUCAAAAAAUCAAGGCAGAGGUUCUUUUAUGUAGAAUAAAAAACCUAGAGAAGGGGCAAACAUUUUGUGUGGGGUGAGACCUUUUUUUGAGUUGGAUAUCAUUGUAGCUUCCCAUGCCUUUGACAAUGGUAUACACUAACAAACUUGCUAGCUCUAUAAUGAGAGAAUUCUGUAUUUUAUUUUAUGUAUUUUUAAGAUUUCAGAAGUUUAGUUAUAGAUGAGAGAGGGAGUGACAGAGAGAAAGAUCUUGCAUCCACUGGUUCACUGUCACAAUGGCUGCAGCUGGGUCGAUCCAAAAAGCCAGGAGCCAGGAGCUGCCUCUGGGUCUCCCAUAUGGGUACAGGGACCCAAGAACUUGGGUAAACUUCUACAGCCUUCCUAGGCCAGAACAGAGAGCUGGAUCAGAAGAGGAUCAGCCAGGACUUCAACCAGUGCCCACAUGGGAUGUUGGCACCACAGGUAGAGGCUUAGCCUACUAUGUCACAGUGCCAGCCCCAAAUUCUGUUUUAAAACCUCACAAUGACCAAAUAUUCAGGUUCUAAACUUCCCUUAGAUGCUACACCUGUCAUAGAUAUGUGUGUUCUUCCUGUAUCCAGUAGACAAUGGAAGCACACAGGGGUGCAGAGAUUCACACGCAUUGUGUCUAUAGUGGGUAAAUGAUCUGGGAUGGAAACACUGGUUUCCCCACUCCUUCUCAGAGCACUGUCUCCUUCACUGGAGUAUACAUCUUGUAUACAAGAUGAAACCUCUCAGUGAGUAAUCAUGGGAGAAUUAUGACUAGAUAUAACCCAGGGAUAUAUAUUCAAUGGCAUAUCUUAAGAAUAAGAAGUUGUAGCUGAUUAUGAUUGCUUUUUUAUGGGGACAGCUGAUGUAAAUGAUUAAUAGUAAAAUUGCCCAUGCACUGAAUAUUGCAACUCAAACAACUCUAUUACAUGCACAUAUCUUAUAGCAAUUCUCAUUUGUGUGAUAUGGAGACAGAAGAAUUUUUGAAAGAUUAUCAGAAUAAUAAAUCGGCAAAUGAAAUGAUGUUCCUCUCUCAGGCAAUGACAGGAAGCAAUCAUAGUGUUUGAAGGAGACAUGAGCACAUCACAGAGAGACUUAAACCCAAACAUCAAUGUAUACUUGUACAUUUCAUGGGCAAGAGGUAUAGAAUUCUACUCAGAUGAGCUUCAAGCAUUUUGCAGAAAAGUUUUAGAGAAAACUAUUGAGGGAUUCAGAAAUUAAUACUGAUUCAGAGGGGCAGGCAUUGCUUGUGAAGCAGAUUAAGCUGCUUCAUCCAUAUUGCGUUGCCUGAUUCCAGACUUGGCUUACACAUCUUCCAAUUCAGCCUCUUGCUAAUAUGCCUGGGAGGCAGCAGAUGAUGGUCCAAGAACUUGGGUUCCUGCCACUCAUGUGGGAGACAUGGAUGGGGUUCCUUGUUCCUGGCUUUGGCCUAGCACAGCCCCAGCUGCUGUGGGGAUUUAGGGAAUGAACCACAGGAUGGAAGAUCAAUCUCUCUUUCUCUAUCAUUUUUACUCCAUGUCUCUCUGUCUUUCAAAUAAAAUAAUCAACAGAAAUUUUAUAACAGAUUUUAGAGUUUUUUCUUAAAACAGCUCUAUAAAGGAGAUAAUUAUUAUUGAUAUUUUACAGAGGUGGUAAGUAUUGAGUGUAUUUACAUUAUUUUCUGGAACUUUCUGUUUUGCAUUUUUUCACCAUUCAAAGACAGUAUAACCUAGCAAAAUAAUAAACUAGCAUUGCCUUUAGUCAGAUGAAGUUAGAAAAAUUACAAUCCAUGUUCUAGGAAGCAAUGACAUAAAAAUCCUUGAAUUAUGCAUAGGAAGUUUCAGACUCAGAGCUGUUUUGGAGUUUUCCUGAUAUCACUCACCUCAAAUGUAAAUAAGAAGGUUAAUCAUAAGAAAAAUGACCAAGCAGUAUUGCUAGGCCACUAAAUAAUACAUAAUAAAAAAUUUUAAAAUGUUUCAAGUAAAUAGCUCUCAUCUACCAGGUAUUUAUAAAGAUUCUAAGGGGAGCAUACAAAGAAACCUGUAGAUAAUUUUAAAAAUUCAAGUGGUUCUUAACAUUUCACUGUUUCUAAACAUUGACAGGUACAGAAUGCACUAAUGUUCCAAUUGUGGUCAUUGAUUUCAUAGGACUAUGUGUAUUUGGCAGUGACUUUUACAAAAAUUUGAAGCCAAACAAUGCCAAGCACUGGAGUUAUAUAUUAAAUGGCACUAAGAGGCAAAAAGGAGUGAGUGUAAAUAGCAUAGUGGUUAAUGUGCCACCUCCCACACAGUACCUAGGGUUGAUGACUAGCCCUGUUUCCUGACUUUUUCUUCCUGUGAAUACAGAUCCUGGCAGGCAGUGGUCAAAUGGUUGAGUCUCUACUCAGGGGAGAUCUGGAUUGAGAUAGGAAUAAGAACUCACAAUUCCUACCUUGUUCCAGCCACAGCCUUCACUGGCAUCUGCGGAGUGAAGCAGUGGAUGAGAGUGCUGUCUCUCUUUCUCAUCUCUGUCUCUCAAGAAAAGGAGCUAACAAUAAUAGAGUGAGCACAUACAUCCACAAAGGAGGGAGUCAGAAGAGCCAGGAAUGGGUAGAUCCCUGGAAGACAACAGGCACACAGCACAACAGCAUGUCCUGGUUGUAAAGAAUCAGCCUUAGCUUGGGGUCCAGACAAUACAUUCAUAGCUUUAUAGAAGACUUAUAAAACUUAUGAAUGAAUGGAAUUUGUACCAUUGUUGUAGAUUUAAAAAAGGCAUAUUUAACUGUUUUUAAAUUUCCUUUAAUUCAACUGUUUUUCUUAAAUACUAGAUUGCAUUUGACUGCGGCCAUAGACUUGUUAGGUCCAAUGCUCUUGACUUUCUAACAUUUGUGAGACUCUUUAAAGCUUUUGCACAGAGAGCGGAAGCACAGAAACCAAUCAUAAAAGAUCUCUCAGAAGACUGAGUUUGUCACCAUUGAAAAGAUGACAGAAUUUGGUCACCAAGUGUGAAUAUGAAUGUUUCCCCCAGAAAAUACAGGAAAAUUUGUAUCCUGAAAAAAAAAGCAUGAAUUUCACAACUGUGUUACAACAAGAAAACUCUUUUAUUUGAAUACAACUUAUUCUGUGAACGCUAGAGUUACCCUCAUGCUAUAUCCAUGCACACAUGACUUGAAGACAGAGAGAGUGCUGGGUGCCUGUUUAUCUGUUUCCUUUUACCAAUCGCAUUUUCCUUUCCAAAAUGACUCCAGGUUGUUUUGAAACACAAAAUCUCACACAAGUCUCAGAAUUUCAUCUCAUGGGUUUCUCAGAGGAUCCAGAACUGCAGCCCUUCCUCUUUGUGCUGUUCCUGUCCAUGUACCUGAUCACAGUGCUCAGGAACCUGCUCACUGACCUGACCAUCAGCUCAGACUCCCACCUCCACACCCUCAUGUACUUCUUCCUCUGCAACCUGUCCUUGGCUGAUGUGGGUUUCACCUCCACCACAAUUCCCAAGAUGAUUGUGGACAUCCACACUCACAGCACAGCCAUCUCCUAUGUGGGCUGCCUGACACAGAUUUCUCUCUUUAUUAUCUUUGGGUGCAUGGUUGAUUUGCUUCUGACCGUGAUGGCCUAUGAACGGUUUGUUGCCAUUUGUCAUCCAUUGCAUUACCAGGUCAUCAUGAACCCCUGCCACUGUGGCUUCUUACUUUCCAGGUCUUUUGUGGCCAGUCUUUUGAAAUUCCUGCUGCAGAAUUUGAUGGUAUUAAGAGCUACCUGCUUCAAAGAUGUUGACAUUUCUAAUUUCUUCGGUGAACUUCAGCUUCUCACCCUUACCUGCUCUGACACUUUCACUCAUGACACAGCCAUAGAUUUUGUUGGCAUCAUCAUAUAUGGUUUUCUCCCUAUCUCAGGGAUUCUCCACUCUUACUACAAAAUCAUUUCCUCCAUUCUGAGAGUCCCAUCAGCUGGUAGGAAGUACAAAGCCUUCUCCACCUGUGGCUCUCACGUGACUGUUGUAUGUUUAUUUUAUGGAACAUCCCUCGGGGUGUAUCUCAGUGCAGUAGCCUCACUUUCUUCCAGGAAGUGUGCAGUGGCCUCAGUGAUGUACACUGUGGUCAUCCCCCUGCUCAAUGCCUUUAUCCACAGCCUGAGGAACAGGGACAUCAAAAGGGCCAUGUGGAGACUUCUCAGUCAGCAAGCUAUUUAGAGUACAGAUUGGAAAGGCAGCAAAACUCAGCAUCCAGACCCUACAAUCUCCCCUGGCUCAUCACAUCACACUUGAGGCUCUCAUGGCUUUCAUUCAUCUUUUAUAACUGAGAUUUCCUGUUUUGAUCUUUCUUCAUGGAAGCAUUAUAUAUUUAUCCUUGCAUACCUGACUCAUAUUGUAUCUAUGGACCCUUCUGUAUUUCAUUAUGGAUGAUCCAGCUAUCCUGCAAAAAAUAAAAUAUGCUUUCCUUUUUGUUAUUUAAAAUUGAUAUCUGGGCUGGCACUGCAGCUCAAUAGGCUAAUCCUCCACCUAUGGCGCCAGCACACCAGGUUCUAGUCCCGGUCAGGGUGCCAGAUUCUGUCCCAGUUGCUCCUCUUCCAGUCCAGCUCUCUGCUGUGGCCUGGGAGUGCAGUGGAGGAUGGCGCAGGUGCUUGGGCCCUGCACCCACAUGGGAGACCAGGAGAAGCACAUGGCUCCUGGCUUCAGAUCAGCGCAGUGUGCCAGCUACAGUGUGCCAGCCGCAGCACCAAUGGAAAAAGGAAGACCUUUCUCUCUCACUGUCCACUCUGCCUGUCAAAAAAAAUUUGUAUCUUUUCCAUAAUUUGUAUGUACUUUCCAUGCACAUUUCCAUAUACAUCCUUCUAAAUUAUUUGAUCUGGUUAUCCAUGAGGAUGCAUAUCACUGCUCCUUUUUAUGAAACCCUAAAAGAGCUUUAAAAAUUCUGAUGCCUGGAUUUUACUACCAGAGGUUCUGAUUUCUUGAACUGAUGUGUGGCCUGAGUAUGAAAAUUUCCAAGCACCCAGGAUAAGCUGAAAACUUUGCCACCAGUUCAUUAACAGUUUGAUUUUAAGUGAUGAAUCCUGAUACCCUUGCUGUUUCCAUGAUUUUUUCUUUGUGAUUUUUACAGUUUAAUUAUAAUUCAUGUUGAAUGUGUUAUAAUUGGAAUUCAUGGAACUUCUUAAAUGUGUAUGUCCACUUCUUUCUUCAAAUUUGGGAAGUUUCCAAUUUUGGUCAUUAUCUCUUCAAACUGGCACACUUGCAUUCUCUCUCUCCUUUCUAUGGAACUCCCACAAUACAUAUACUGGUAUGCCUGUGGCAUCCCAUAAGAUCCUCCCAAUGAAUAAAAGCCCAGGACCAGAUGGCUUUGCUGCUGAAUUCUAUCAGAUAUUUAAUGAAAAACUAAUUGCAAAUCUAUUCAAAUUAUUGAAAGCAGUUGAAAGGGAAGGAAUCUUCCCAAAUUCUUCUAUGAGGCCAACAUCACUUUAAUUCUUAAACCAGAAAAAGAUACAAUAAAGAAUUAUUGGUCUGGGUGGAUGAUGUUUCUGAUAUGUUGUUGUAUUCUAGUGGGUAGAAUUUUAUUGAGGAUUUUUGCAUCUAUGUUCAUCAGGGAUAUUGGUCUGUAAUUCUCUUUCAAUGCUGCAUCUUUUUCCGGCUUAGGAAUUAAGGUGAUGCUGGCUUCAUAGAAAGAAUUUGGGAGGAUUCCCUCUUUUUUGAUUGUUCUGAAUAGUUUGAGAAGAAUUGGAGUUAGUUCUUCUUUAAAUGUCUGGUAGAAUUCAGCAGUGAAUCCAUCUGGUCCUGGGUUUUUCUUUGUUGGGAGGGCCUUUAUUACUGUUUCAAUUUCUGUCUCAGUUACGGGUCUGUUUAGAUUUUCUAUGUCUUCCUUGUUCAAUUUAGGUAGGUUGCAUGUGUCCAGAAAUCUAUCCAUUUCUGAUAGAUUUUCUUGUUUGCUGGCAUACAAGCCCUUGUAGUAAUUUCUGAUGAUUCUUUUUAUUUCUGUGGUGUCUGUUAUUACGUUUCCUUUUUCAUCUCUGAUUUUAUUGAUUUGGGUCUUUUCUUUUUUUAGUUAGUUGGGCCAAUGGGGUGUCAAUUUUGUUUAUUUUUUUCAAAAAAACAGCUCCUUGUUUGGCUGAUUUUUUGUAAUUUUUUUUGGAUUCAAUCCUGUUGAUUUCUUCUCUGAUUUUAAUUAUUUCUCUUCUUCUACUAGAUUUGGGUAUGGUUUGCUGCAGAUUUUCUAGAUCCUUGAGAAAAAUUGAAAGCUCAUCUAUUUGGUGCAUUUCCAAUUUCUUGAUGUAGGCACCUAUUGAUAUAAACUUUCCUCUUAACACUGCUUUUGCUGUAUCCCAUAAGUUUUGGUAUGCUGUGCUGUUAUCCUCAUUUACUUCCAGAAAGUUUUUGAUUUCUCUUUUGAUUUCUUCUAUGACCCAUUGUUCAUUCUGGAGAAUGUUAUUCAAUCUCCAUGUGUUUGCAUAUGCUCUAGGGAUUCAUGAGUUGCUAAUUUCCAGCUUCAUUCCACUGUGGUCUGAGAAGCUGCAUGGUAUGAUUCUAAUUCUUUUGAAUUUGCUGAGACUUGCUUUAUGGCCUAGUAUGUGGUCAAUCCUAGAGAAGGUUCCAUGUACUGCUGAAAAGAAUGUAAAUGCUUUCUGUGUAGGAUGAAAAAUUCUGUAGAUAUCUGUUAGAUCCAUUUGGGCUAUAGUGUCAUUUAAAUCUACUGUCUCCUUGUUGAUCUUCUGUCCUGUUGAUCUGUCUAUUUCUGGGAGUGGAGUAUUAAAGUCCCCAGUACUAUUGUAUUGGGGUCUAAGUCUCCCUUUAAGUCCCUUAACAAAUCUUUAAAUAAACUGGUGCCCUGUAAUUAGGUUCAUAUAUAUUGAUAAUCAUUAUAUCUUCCUGUUAAAUUGAUCCCUUAAUCAUUAUAUAGUGCCCCUCUUUGUCUCUCUUAACAGUUUUUGUGUUAAAGUUUAUUUUGUCUGAUAUUAAGAUGGCUACGCCCGCUCUUUUUUCAUUUCUGUUGGCAUGGUAUAUCUUUCUCCAGCCUUUCACUUUCAGUCUGUAUGCAUUUUCUUGGAAUGAUGUGUUUCUUGUAAGCAGCAAAUAGAUGGGUUUUGUUUCUUAACCCAAUCAGCCAAGCAGUGUCUUUUAACUGGACAGUUCAGGCCAUUAACGUUCAAUGUGACUAAUAAUAAGUGGUAACUUUGCCCUGCCAUUUGCCAAAGAUGUUUUCUAAUAUAUGCUUUGAAUUCCCUGUGAUCUUUUGCUGUGAGGUUUCCUUCCUUUACCUUCCUUCAUAUUGAUGACCGUAUUUCUGUGUUUCUGUGUGUAACACAUCUUUAAGUAUCUUUUGCAGGGCCGGACGAGUGGCCACAAAGUCUUUCAAUUUCUGUUUGCAGUGAAAAGUCUUUAUUUACCUUCAUUCACAAAUGAGAGCUUUGCAGGAUAUAAUAUUCUGGGCUGCCAGUUUUUCUUAGCACCUGUGCUAUAUCUCGCCAUUCCCUCCUAGCCUGUAGUGUUUCUGAUGAGAAGUCUGCUGUGAGUCUAAUUGGAGAUCCUCUGAGAGCAAUCUGACGUUUCUCUCUUGCACAUUUUAGGAUCUUUUCUUUAUGUUUCACUGUGGUGAGUUUGAUUACAACGUGUCAUGGUGAGGAUCUCUUUUGGUCAUGUUUAUUAGGGGUUCUAUGAGCUUCCUGUACUAGGAUGUCUCUGUCCUUCUCUAAACCUGGGAAUUUCUCUGCAAGUGUCUCACUAAAAAGGCCUUCUAAUCCUUUCUCUCUCUCCAUGCCUUCAGGAACUCCUAGAACUCAAAUAUUGGAUUUUUUAAUAGUGUCCUGUAGAUUCUCAACCAUAUUUUUUAGAUUUCUAAUUUCCUCUUCUUUUCUUUGGUUUGACUCUAUACAUUGCUGUGCUCUGUCUUCUAAGUCUGAUAUUCUCUCUUCUGUUUCACUGACUCUGUUUUUAAGACUCUCUAAUGUGUUUGUCAUUUGAUCUAUUGAGUUCUUCAUUUCAUUUUGAUUUCUCUUCACUAUCACACUUUCCUGUUCUACUAGUUUCUGUGUUUCAUUUUGAUUCAUCAUUAAGUUUUCAUUUUCUCGAAGGAGAUUUUCUAUCCUGUCCAGUACGGAAUUCCAUACUUCAAGCAUUUGUUUUUGAAAACUUCUAAUUGUUCUUAUCAUAAAUUUUUUGUAAUCCGUAUCUUGCAUUUCUUCCAUCUCAUCAUCUUCAUAAUCUUGGUUUGGGGUGUCUUGUUCAUUUGCGUGUGUCAUAAUGUCUUCCUUGUUCUUGUUUCCUUGGUUUUUGCAUUUGUUGCUUGGCAAUGUGGAGAUAUCUUUGGAUUCUUCUUCCGUCGCCACGGUGUUUUUUCUUGUUAUACUAUGACUGUAUUAAGUGGAGUGUCUGCUUUUCAUGGAGCCUUAGAGGCUUGAGAUGGGUGUGGCCUGAGAGCUCUGUUUCGUUCCUCAGGGUUAAGGGUUUGCCAAAGGUGACACUCCCAGAUUAGGCGUGGGAAAUCUCUCUCUCUCUCUCCCUUUUCUUUCUUUCUUUCUUUCUUUCUUUCUUUCUUUCUUUCUUUCUUUCUUUCUUUCUUUCUUUCUUUCUUUCUUUCUUUCUUUCUUUUUUCUUUCUUUUUUGAUUCAAAAGGGACGUAAUUCUGCACAGCUGAACGGAAUUGAAGGUAGUUAGCAGGCGAAUGAUAUACCCACAAGUGCCAGAGAUCAGAAGCUCUUUCCCAAGGACCACACAGGGAAUCUGUUCUGCCCUCAGUGUGGGCUCAAAUUCUCCUGCAGUCUCCCACUGGGUUGCCAAGGUUACUGAAUUGUAGUGUCUCUGGAGAGUACUGACAUGAAUUCUGUGAGUUCUCUCCCCCACCGUCUAUUCUUUCAGUCUCAGUUCAUUAGCACCACACAUUCACUAGGUCCUAAUCUCCUGUUAUUUCACACACACACACACCCCACCCCGAGUCAGGUUUUUCUGCUAGGCUGAGGGCUGGUGCAGACUUGAGGUUGCCCUGCUUAUGGUGUAAGUCCAAAAUGGCGCCUGCUCUUUGUCUUGCUCGCCUUUUAAGAGGUGAGCAGAGAGAGAGAAACUCGUGCCCGUAUCGGUCAUUUUUUUUUCCUCUCUCUUCUAGUUAGCCUGGUAAACUUUUCCCCACAGGGUUUCAAGCCUCGACCUGACAGCAACAAAUUAUUAGAGAGCAUUGGAAAAACCCUGCAAAAUAUAGGUACCGACAAAGACUUCCUAGAAAAGACCCAGGGGGCUGAGGCAGUCAAAACCAAAAUUAACAUUUGGGAUUGCAUCAAAUUGAGAAGUUUCUGUACUGCAAAAGAAACAGUCAGGAGAAUGAAGAGGCAACUGACAGAAUGGGAAAAAAUAUUUGCAAACUAUGCAAAAGAUAAAGGGUUGAUAACCAGAAUCUACAAAGAGAUCAAGAAACUCCAGAACAACAAAACAAACAACCCACUUAAGAGAUGGGCCAAGGACCUCAGUAGACAUUUUUCAAAAGAGGAAAUCCAAAUGGACAACAGGCACAUGAAAAAAUGUUCAAGAUCACUAGCAAUCAGGGAAAUGCAAAUCAAAACCACAAUGAGGUUCCACCUCACCCCAGUUAGAAUGGCUCACAUUAAGAAAUCUACCAACAGCAGAUGCUGGAGAGGAUGUGGGGAAAAAGGGACACUAACCCACUGUUGGUGGGAAUGCAAACUGGUCAAGCCACUAUGGAAGUCAGUCUGGAGAUUCCUCAGAAACCUGAAUAUAACCCUACCAUUCAACCCAGCCAUCCCACUCCUUGGAAUUUACCCAAAGGAAUUUAAAUUGGCAAACAAGCUGUCUGCACCUUAAUGUUUAUUGCAGCUCAAUUCACAAUAGCUAAGACCUGGAACCAACCCAAAUGCCCAUCAACAGUAGACUGGAUAAAGAAAUUAUAGGACAUGUACUCUAUAGAAUACUAUACAGUAGUCAAAAACAAUGAAACCUGGUCAUUUGCAACAAGAUGGAGGAAUUUGGAAAACAUCAUGCUGAGUGAAUUAAGCCAGUCCCAAAGGGACAAAUAUCAUAUGUUCUUCCUGAUUGGGGACAACUAACUGAGCACCAAAGGGGAAACUUGUUGAAAUGAAAUGGACACUAUGAGAAACAGUGACUUGAUCAGCUCUUGUCCUGACGGUUGAUAUACAAUGUAAUACUUUAUCCAUUUUAGUAUUUUUUUUGUUCUAGUACUAUUGAUUGAACUCUGUAAUUAACACACAAUGAUCAGAAAGAUCAUUCACCCAGAUCAAUUGGGAUUUAUCCCUGGUAUGCAGGAGUGGUUCAAUAUUCACAAAUGAAUAAGUGUGAUAUAUAUCACAUUAACAACCUGAAAAACAAAGGGCAUACGGUGAUCUCAAUAGAUGCACAGAUAGCAUUUGAUAAAAUACAACACCGUUUCAUGAUGGAAACCUUAAGCAAAUUAUAUGUAUGCACUCCUGAACAGAAUCGAGGCAAUAUAUGACAAAUCCGCAGCCAGCAUCUUAUUGGAUGGGGAAAAGUUGGAAGCAUUCCAACUAAGAUCUGGAAACAGAUAAGGAUGCCCAUUCUCACCACUGCUAUUCAAUAAAGUUUCAACCAGAGCCAUUAGCCAAGACAAAGAAAUCACAGGGAUGCCAAUUGGGAAGGAGGAAGUCAAACUAUCCCUACAUGCAGAUGACAUGAUUCUAUAAACAGGGGUACCAAAGACUCACUAAGAGACUAUUGGAACUCAUAAAAGAGUUUGUAAAGUGGCAGGAUACUAAAUUAACACACAAAAAUGAAUAGCCUUUCUAUAUGAAGACAAUGUCAUGGCUGAGACAGAACUUCUAAGAUCAUUCCAUUUACAAUAGAUAGGAGAAAAGUUAAAUCCCUUGGAAUAAAUUUAAACAAGGAGGUCAAAGACUUUUAUGAUAGAAAUUAUAAAACCUUCAAGAAGGAAAUGAAAGAGGAGAUAAAAAAAUGGGAAAACCUCCAUUUUUAUGGAUUGGAAGAAUCAAUUCAUCAAAAUGUCCAUACUACCAAAAGCAAUUUACAGAUUCAAUGCAAUACCAAUCAAAAUACCAAGGACAUUCUUUUCAGAACUAGAAAAAAUGAUGCUAACAUUCAUAUUUGAAACAAAAGAGACCCUGAAUAGCUAAAGCAUCACAAUGCUAGAUUUCAAGACAUGCCAGAGGGAAGUUAUUAUCAAAACUACCUGGAACUGGAAAAAAAUAGAUGUGUAUACCAAUGGAACAGAAUAGAAACUCAAGACAUCAUCCAUGCAUCUACAACCAACAUCUUUGAUGAAGGAACUAAAAAAAUCGCUGGAGCAAGGACAGUCUCUUGAACAAUGGUCCUGGGGAAAUUGGGUUUUCACAUGCAGAAUUAUGAAACUAGAGCCCUUACACAAAAACUAGACACUUACACAAAAAUCCACUCAAAAUAGAUCAAACACCUAAAUCUAUGACCUGAUACCAUCAAAUUACUAGAGACCACUGGAGAAACUCUGCGUGACAUUGGCAUAGGCAAAGACUUCUUGGAAAAGACACAAGAAGCACAGGGAAUCACAGCAAAAAUAGACUAAUUCUCCCCUGCAAAAGAAACACUCAGUGACAUGAAGGGGCAACUGACAGAAUGGGAGACAUUCUUUGCAAACUAUGCAACAGAUAAAAGAUUAAUAUCCAGAAUUUUAAAGAACUCAAGAAACCUAAUAACAACAUAAUAAACAAUCCAGCUAAGAAAUGGGCAGAGGACUUAGACUGGCUUUUUUCUUUUUUUUUUUUUUCAAGAUUUAUUUAUUUAUUUGACAGGUAGUUACGGACAGUGAGAGGGAGAGACACAGAGAAAGGUCUCCCAUCCUUUGGUUCACUCGCCAAAUGGCCAAAAUGGCCAGAGCUGUACCAAUCCAAAGCCAGAGCCAGGAGCUUCUUCCAGGUCUCCCAUGUGGGUGCAGGGGCCCAAGGACUUGGGCCAUCUUCUACUGCUUUCCUGGGCCACAGCAGAGCACUUGAUUGGAAGAGGAGCAGCUGAGACUAUAA